CCGCUUGCCGCUCAUCCCACUUUCCUAUUCUAGCCACUGUGCUGCUGCAGCCGACGGGUGGUUUUAAUGUGUGUAUUGACCUCGUCUCUGGCCGUGUCAACCGUUUGCUUGUAUCCGGAACCUAUUUCCAAUUAGUAUUUGUUAUGGGUACACCAGUAAAUUCUUCUGCAAGCCGCAAGGUUACUGAGGGUACAGAGGCACUGCGGCAAGCUGAGAAAUGUUUGAAAACGGGCCUGCUGAAAUGGAAGCCAGAUUUUGAUAACGCUGCAAACGAGUACAGCAAAGCAGCAACGUGUUUUAAAGCUGGGAAGGCCCUGGAUCAGUGCAAGGAUGCCCAUCUCCGUUCAGCUGACUGCUACCUUAAGAAUGGAUCAUUCUUUGCCUGCGCCAAGCAGUUGGAACAAGCAGCAUUGGUCAGCAGGGAUAUGGGUGACCUGAAGGCUGCAGCUGAUCUCAUUGACAAGGCAUCUUGUUAUUUUAUUGACUCAAGAAGUCCCGACACAGCUGCAUUAGUUUUGGAACGAGGGGCAAAAAUCGUUGAAGCAAAGUUUCCUGAAAUAGCUGUGGGGUUCUUCAACAGAGCAGCUGAAAUAGUUUCAGUUGAAGAUCGCCCAAGGCAAUCAGCAGAAUUCUGUGGCCAUGCAGUUCGUCUCCUGCUCAAGCUUGCUAGAUGGGAUGAGGCAGCGGACGCCGUGUCUCGGCAGAAGCAGUUGCUGGCAGAAGCACAGGAUGACCGGGCUGUCGGGCGGCUGGUGGUGGCACUGGUGCUUGUGCACUUGGCGAGAGACGACUUUGUUGCAGCCAGUAAGGCUGUUGACUAUGAUAAAGGGUUUCUUGAAGCACAAGAACUGGACACACUUUCAUGCUUACUGAAAGGGUAUGAUGAAGGAGACCCAGAUAUGGUUACUCGUGCUCUCAAUGCACCAUUCCUUCGGCACAUGGAUACAGAGUAUGCCAAGUUGGCCAGGAUGCUUGGGCAGCAAGUAGCCGAGUCUGCCAAAAAGACUGCCUCCGAGUCUAAGCCGAGUGCAGAGGCCGUGGGUGAUGCAAAGGAUGUGGACAAUGGAACUGUUGACAGACCAGAACAAGACCAUCUUGAAGUUCCCGAUUCAACAACUGCUGCAGAAUCUGAUGAUGAAUUUGCUGGUGGUCUUCUGUGAAGUUGUUGGACAUCGUGGCGAAUGUCGAGAAUUUCGAGAUCUUGGUCAGCCCACAGAACCAGCAGAUGUAUAUUUUUUUUAGGUUUUGCUUAGUCGAGUUCUGGGUAUGCUCAGCUGUCUUGCAUUGUUCGAUGUUUUCUCCACAUGCCUCUUGGAGUUUCCUGGAAUAAGACAUUACCAGAUGGUACAUGUUGUGACAGAAGUGGACGUUCUUGCACAGUAUAGACUGCACAGGUGUUCCUGUGCUAUUAGGGCGCCUCAGUGGCAGUUGUGGAAUCAGUUCACACCUGAAGCUAGGUUUUUCCUGAACUUUCAAAGCUCAAAUAAGAACUACAAAUUACUUUCUUCUACACUUUCUUUAGAUUCAUUACUCACUGGCUUUGUAUGAUGGCAUAUCAUGCCGAGUCAUUUUAACCUACUGUACUACAGAAAAAUCUCUACAUUUAUUCUUGUGUCUUUUUCUUUAUUCUUGCCUCAGAUACUAGGAUACUACUUCCAAUGUAGGGUUACUUCACCUUUUGCAGUCCGAAACCAUUUCUCACGUUCGUUCUGGUUCAAGACUGAAAGAUUUAAGCUGAAGUAAAGGUCGUUGACUUGGCACAUAAUGUAGUGAGAGAACGUGCACAUGAAUCAGCUGCAAGGCAACCUGUUGAGCAGUGUCUAACCAUAGACCACGGCAAUCGUGUUGAAUUUUCAGGUAGGGCCUGACAAUGGACUGCAAGGAGUUAAAAAAUGGAUAUUUAUUAAUUCUGUAGUAGUGCAGAUUUAUGAAAUUGAUAAAAUCAUCUAAUUAUUUUUAAAAUUAGUGACUUGAGGCACUUGCUGCAGAGGCAGGUUUAAAGCCUGUCAACAUGGACUUGUUCAGUUGGAAACAAAUUUGUAAAUGGCGCUACCAGUUACAAGAUAUCUGUAUGUCAAAGUGCUCGGCAUAUAUCUGCUUAAAGCACUCAUCAAAUAUCUGCAGUGCUGAAGAAAAGUAAUUACUCCAAUUCAUGUUGCUUUACACUGAUCUCGUACAUUUCAAUACUCGUGCUAAUUACAUUGGUUCAACUUGAAUAGGCCUUGCAUUUUGACAGGCUUCAUUUUUGCCAUUACAACUGUACCUGGCUAUGAUGAAAUAAAUCAGCCGUGGGUCUAGUGAGGAAAGGCCUUUCACAACAGGAUUUUUUAGUGGGCUCUUCUCCGGAUCUUCCCGUGAAUGCAAAUGCAUAUUUUGUACUUACUUUGCAGCUUAAAAAGGUAUUUAACCGAUAUCUACCUUCUUGAGCAGCACAUGGCCCUACAAUAUUGUCUACAUUUCGAUGUCAAUAUUCAGCAGGCCAGUGACUCCCACUGAUGAACUGAGGAAUCCACAAGCUUUGUUACUAGUUUUUGAAACUAUUAUUGAGGUCCUUUUCCGAAUAGAAUGAGUGGCUUGUCUGUCUAAAUGUGUGUGAAAAAUGGCUGUAAGGUCAUCGCAAUAGCUAGUGCGACGCUGAGCUUUGCUACCACCCGCAGAUCCCAGCUAAACUUGUAUUUUGUGUAUUUUGGGAAAAAGCACACUUGAGAACAUUUACUUCAUCACUUAAGAAAUGUGAGGGCGUUCUUUGCAGCUUACUGCUACUCUCAGACGGAUGGCAAUAGGUACAGUUACAAAAAGUGGUUCUAAGUACUGGAUUUUCGCUCAGUGGAUAUGACUUCGUUACUGUCGAGCUUCCAUUCUGUAGUCUGGAUAUGUGCCCCAAAACAAAUGCUUGCAUUUAUUCAAUGAAGUUUCAUUCAGCAAUAACCGCAUUGUGAUUUGUUGUGCAUGUCUACCUCUCAAAGCAGUCCAAUUGGCCAAUUGGUGUGGCAGAAUCUGGUUGUACCGGAGAUCACAAUUGCUUUGUCAUAAUGUUAAAUGUGGUAUUACAAAUGGUUGUGACCAGUGCACGUGUGUAGCAAUCAUAACGGGGUCUAACUGUCCCAAAUAACAAGAAAUAUGGACCUUCAAGUUUGCACAAUUUAAAUACAAAUUAAUAGAACUGUAUAAAGACAAGUAAUCAUAGAAGUAUCAGUGCAGUUAUAAAUGCAAUGGUAUUAGAGUACUCUAAAGUAAAGAUUGAAAUUAUCAUUAAAAUGCAGUAUGAUUGGUCCUACAUUUUCAACAAUUUGACACAGCAAUAAGGCAGCAAUAGAGAAACGAAAGCAAAACAUCUAUAGUCAGUACUAUUUAGAAACAAAUAUGCAUGCACUAACUUAUCGUAUCCAUCUUCCUGUAUAGUCCAGGUUUGUUCCAUGUGUUGCAAAACUAUUAACCCUUUGUUUCCUAUAGCGAAUCUAGUUAUGCAAGUAAAUAUAUAUACUAGGUAUCUCGGCUAUCUUUAGCCAGAUUUUAAAGAUAUGCCAACACACGCAAUUACAACGCUAUAAAUUCAUGUUGCUGACUAUUGUCUAUAGUGAAUCAGACUAUUUUUUGUGUUCUGAUCAAUUGUUUAUUUAGACCUUUUUAACUAAUUUCUGAAGGAAUGAAGAUGGGUCAAAAAGUUCAAUGAACAAGUUGUAGAUCGGUUUGAGAAACGUCUGAUUAAACAGUUUCGAACUUCAA